AUGUCGGAGGUUUAUCAUAAGAAGUUACAUCGGUAUCCUUCUUCUGGGCGUAAAGCAGACAAAAAAAGUGGUAAAAGUAGAGAUAAGAAGGAACGACAUAAUCCUAAGGUAAGUCUUCAAACUGCCUUUACAUUUUCUGGAGGUAUAAAGAGUGUCCAGAGACGUGUUCAGAGAAGCUUAGAUAUUUCUUCUAAGCGUGAGAAAAUUCCUGGAAUUAAUAAGAAAAAUGUUGAAGGUGACAAUCCUCCUCCCUAUGUUGUCAUUGUGCAAGGACCUCCUGGAGUAGGUAAAUCCACUCUAAUUCGUUCAUUAGUAAAGCACUAUACAAAAUAUAACUUAAAUAUAGUAGAGGGUCCAAUUACACUAGUAUCGUCUAAGAACCGUCGUUUAACAAUCAUUGAAUGCCCUAAUGAUAUGCAUGGAAUGAUAGAUGUAGCUAAAGUGGCUGAUUUAGUACUACUACUAGUUGAUGCAAGCUUUUCUUUUGAGAUGGAGACUUUUGAAUUUUUAAAUAUACUUCAAGUUCAUGGGUUUCCUCGGGUAAUUGGAGUAUUAACACAUUUAGACAAAUUUAAAGAUAACAAGACAUUACGCAAGACGAAGAAAAAGAUGAAGAAUAGAUUUUGGACUGAAAUAUAUCAUGGUGCGAAACUUUUUUAUUUGAGUGGUAUUCAAAAUACACUAUAUAAUAAGACCGAAGUUAGGAAUUUAGCAAGAUUCAUUGCUGUCCAGAAAUUUGAAAAUUUAUCUUGGAGAAGUUCUCACCCCUAUGUCGUUGCUUUAAAAGUUGAACAAGUAUUAGAUAGUGAGAAGUCAGUCAAUGAGGAUAAAGAGGCUAAUAAAAAAAUUUCAAUGUAUUUGUAUGGUCAUAUUAGAGGUGGUUUAAUGCGACGGGGUCAAAAUGUGCACUUACCUGGCUUAGGAGAUUUUAUUAUAAAUAAGAUUGACAAGUACCCAGAUCCUUGUCCACUUCCUGAAACUAGGAUAAAUAAAGAUGGUCCAAAUGCAGGUUUAAGGACUUUGAAGGCUAAAGAAAGAAUUAUAUAUGCACCUUAUUGUGAUGUUGGCAAUAUUCAAGUAGAUUCUAAUAAUCUCUAUAUUCAUAUCCCAAAUACAGCAACUGGAUUUACUAGACGCAAGGUACUUAUUGAGGAUACUAGAAGCUUAGAUAGUGAGAGUGAGGAGUCUACAGAUAAUGAGACAUCAGAACAAGAAUAUGAAGAAGAGUAUCAAGAGGACUAUGAAGAAGAAUAUGAAGGGGAGUAUCAAGAAGACUAUGAAGAAGAAUAUCAAGAUAAAGAUAAAGAAAAGCAAGGUGAAUUUACAGAAAGGAAAACCAGUAAUAAAGGUGAUGAUUCAUUAGAUGAAGAUAAUAUUUUAUUACCAGAAGCUGUAAGAUAUGUACGUGAUUUACAGGAUGCCCAUUCAUUCCUUGAUAAAAAGCUUGAAAAUACUGAACUACGUUUAUUAUCAUCUUCAAAUAAAAAUUUGGAUCGAAAACUGGAUUUGAAGGCUGAGGAUGAAAAAGUUUCAAGUGAAGAAAAUUGUAUUAAUUUUGACUCAAGUAACAGGAAUAUGGACUUAAAUUUUAAGCAAAAGUCUUUAAAAGAACUCAUAUACUCAGAUGUUAAGAUCUAUUUGAAAAAGAAGUUCCCACACCGAAAUAAGAAUUCGAUCAAUAUAAGUGAUAGAAAAGUUAAAAAUCUCUUUGAAGAUGAGGAAAAUGAAGGAGAACCUAGUGACAAUGAGUUCUCUGACUUAGGAAUGAGCUCAUUAAUUGACACUUUUCGUGUAUCGGAUAUUUCUCUAUAUCCAAUUCAAUUAACUAGCUUAAAGAGCUUGUCAAACUACUGGAAAUCAAGCAAUCUCUCAAAAAUUCGAUCAGAAAAAUUCAUCACUGGAGGGAUUGGUGAUAGCGAAUAUAAAAAUGAACAUUUGAAUUUAGAAAAUCAAAGCAUUGAAUAUAAAAAUGGAACUUCAGGUGAAAUUGUAAAUGAAGCCCUUAAAUCUAAGUCAUCGAGUUUAGCUAUUGGUGAAUAUGUUAGAAUAAAGGUUGAUGGAGUUAAUAGAGAAUGGCUUAAUUUGCGUAAAGGUAUUACAGUAAUUGGAACAAUUUUACCAGGUGAAUCUACAUUUGGUUAUAUUAGGAUGCGUGCUAAGAAACAUCGAUGGUACCCAAAAAUUUUAAAAAGUAAUGAUGUGUUGACAUUUAGCAUUGGGUGGAGACGUUUUCAAUCGCUUCCUAUUUAUUCUAUUGAAGAUAGAAAUGAAACUAGACAAAGAAUGCUUAAAUAUACUCCUGAGCAUAUGCACUGUAUUUGCACAACAUGGGGUCCAAUAGUACCACCUAACUUUGGUAUAUUAGCUAUUAGAACUUCUGAAAGAGCACCCAAUUUCAGAAUAUCAAUGACUGCCGUAUCUGUUGAAAUACAAGCAAAAAGUGAUAUAGUAAAGAAGUUAAAAUUAGUUGGUGAACCGAAGAAAAUAUAUAAACAUACUGCGUUUAUUGGAAAUAUGUUCAAUAGUGAUUUAGAGGUUUCAAAGUUUAUUGGAGCUAAAAUACAAACUAUAAGUGGGAUUAGAGGGCAAAUAAAGAAGGCAAUUGACACUAAUGGGCUAUUUAGGGCAACUUUUGAGGAUAAAGUAUUAAUGUCAGAUAUAGUAUUCUGCAAAACAUGGAUAACAGUAAAUCCACGAGAGUUUUACAAUCCAGUUAUAGAUCUUCCCGAAUGGAGGAGAUUGAGAACUCAAGCUGAAUUAAGGAAUGAGUUGGGACUUUCUGUACCAUUUAAGUCAGAUUCAAUAUAUAUUCAAAAGCAAGAUCGCCCUGCUAAGAAGAGAUUUAAUGAAACCCCUGUACCCGUUGAUAUUGAAAAAGACCUACCAUUUACUUCAAGAACGAAAAAUAAUACACCGAAACAAAAGGGAUCUUUAAGUAGAGAAGUUGCAGUUAUAAUGAGCUCAUAUGAAAAACGAGUUGCAAAUUUAUUCCAACGACUAUCUACAAUUCAAAAAGAACGACAAAUACAAAGGAUUGAAAGAAAAAAAGUAGCUAGAGAAAUCAAGAUGAAAAGAAGACAGCCAAUAGAGAAAAUAAGAGAAGCUAAGAAUGAAGAAAGGAUAAAACGAAGAUACGCCUUAAAGGGUAUCAAGUUACAGAAACAGAGAAAAAAAUUAAGGUUAGAAGAAUAA